AUGCAUUUUGUUACUUUGUUUUGGCUGUCAGAGUCUAGAAUUUGCAAAAAUAUUUCCCCAGGUAUGGAGGAAUGGAUGCAUUGGCAAGAUUCCGUAGAUGAGAGAAUUAUUACAAUAACUAUACAUUCCAUCGAAAAUGUCCUCAACAAGGAGAACAUAAGUGUAUCGUUCACAGUGGAACACAAUGCAGUCAUUUUGGGAGAAAGCAAUCCAACAUUCGUUAGAUCAAUUUACGACGAAGGAUUUUCAGUUUUCAGGAUUGAUUUUGCCGUUAAUUUGCCAGUCCUGCCGAAGGAUAAAGAGAGCCUUAAUUCAAUUGUGUCUAGUCCAGUUCUAAUAAAAGCUCUACAAACUCCAGAAACUAAUGAAGAAGAAAGAUCCUCAAUUUUAAACGUUGAAGUUCGAUCGAAGAAUAGAUCGAUAUUCAGUGCAAAGUCUGCGGCACAUUUCACACCGGAAUUAUUGGGAAUGUGCAAUCUUGAUUUAAUACCAAUCGCAUUAGGAGAAGAGAGUUUCACUGAAAAGCUAAUUCUAGAAACACCUACCUUCUCCUAUGAUGGUACGUUAGUAUCCUGGCAGAAUCUUCCCCGCCUGACAGUCACAGUUUGCCAAUACCCAGCACCGUUAUUUCAAUUAGGCGAAAUGAACUUUUUAAAUGUCACCAUUGAAAGCAUAUACAAUCCUCCAGACUCAUUCACCGCUGAUUUGAAGUAUAAAGUUGGCACGAUAGCCUAUAUCGAUAACGAGGUUCCUGAAAAUGUAUUUUUCGACAACGGUAUAUGGACGACAAGUCGUGACGUCGAAAGAACGAAACGAUGGAACACUUUGCGCCAUAUUGAAAAUCGAGCUCAAUUAUCGAAAUACAAACUCGAUUGCGAUUUCGUGGGAGUGAGAAAUCCGUUUAAAAAGCAGUUCCAUCUGGCGAAACAAACGUGUGAGGACAUUAAAAGAAUAGAAUGGAAUUCCUUGAACCGAUGUGUCUUAUGGAAGACAGGAAUCGAAGCAAUGAAAAAUCAUAUUACGAAAUACAAGUAUUGGCCCUUCCAAUUCGAAGUAAGCACAGAAACUGCUACAGAGAAAUCCAAAAAUCGAAAAGAUUCAUUACCGACGAUACAAUUAUAUCAAUGUUACGUGGAUCUUUCAGAACUUCUUUUCCCAGGAAGAAGAAAUUGUCGAAUUGUAGGACAAUUGUACACAUACAAUCCAAUGGAUAUGUCAGAAAAAGUGGGUCUUGAGAAUAAUAUCUUUAUUAUGGAAGUACAGCGUAAGGAAGUAAAAGAGAAAGAGAAAAAAAUUAAAACCCCGAAGACUCAAUCGGUACAAUCAGAGCGUGGAACAACAGCAAGUACAGCAAUUAUUACAGAAACUGGAGAACCUACAAUUAUAGUGAUCGAAGUAGAACUCUACGAAGCUCUUUUCGCUUGUAGAAUCGAGGAAGACUUUUCAAAUAUGAUUACCGAUAUAAUACCUGAUAUAGAGAAGAAACAGUAUUACGUGUACUCCAGUAGCAUAGCGGAAGCACAGUACGUGCAUUGUAUCCAAAAAUUGGCGGAAGUUAUAACGGAAAGUUAUCGAGACGAAGUAACGUGCUUCACGCAGUAUCUUUAUAAAAACGGAGUGUACCAAUCCAUAUGCAGCACAUUAAGAUUGAAAAUUCCCAUGUUGAUAGACCAGAAAUUCGACAUGCCGAAAAAUUUAGUGGAUUCUAACAAGACUCAUAAUUUCAUCUCCUCAGUAUAUACGUUUUUAGUGGAGCAAAUGCACGUUGCCUUAAAUAAAAUGGUCGAAGGUCGAUGCACGCAAGAUCUACAAAGUGAAAUAAACUCGAAGCUGUUGUAUUUCUAUGCUGAAGAGGCUUACGAGUUUGGGGACAUGGAGAAAGCCAAACAGUAUUACACAGAGGUAAUAAUGUCUGACAAACGUGAUCCUUAUCCUUGGACGCAAUAUGCGAUUUUUCUUAGAAAAAUCGGCGACGUAAAUCGCGCGACGGAAUGCUGUUUAGAAGCCAUCACAUUGGAUAGACAAUAUGCAACCGUAUUAUUAGUGUACGCGAUGAUCUUGUUCGAAAGCAGAGACUACAAAGGGGCAGAAAUUUUCCUGCGAGCCAUCACUGACUUUCAUCCACGUUUCUUUGAAGGUUGGGCGAUUUUGCACCUUUUCUACUUAAAAACGGAAUACUAUGCAGGAGUCGAUCUUUCGCUUCGUAUAGCAGAAAAAUGUAUAUAUUUUGCAGGACUCGCAUUAGCGGAAGAAAUGUCCAAUUCCGAUCGAUCAAUUCACAUUCUGUACUACAUGGCAGUGGAACAUUAUUUGUCUGGCAGAUACGAAGACGCGUUGUCUCAUUUAGAAGAGGCUCGAUGUAAUUAUGGAAUGGACUAUUCAAUCAGUAGUUUGAUGGGCCAUUGUCACUUCAAAAUGGGCGAUACUGAAAAAGCAGUAGAAUGUUGCGAAUUUGCUCGUAUGCUGUUUGACAGACCCAACGAUCUGCAUUUAGUGGAAGUUAGAUUGGGAUUCCAUUACAACAAUGAUGGCGAGUUCGAUCGUGCAAGAAACAUUUUUCUAACCACGUGCAGAACCUCACCAACCUCCUUAACCUGGCUGGGUGUCGGCAUAUCCUUUUAUGAGCUAAACCAGUUUCUUGAUGCCGAAGUAUGUUUAUCAGAGGCAAACAGAAUCGACAAUUGCAAUCCGGAAAUAUGGGCUUACUUGUGCCUUUUAAAUAUGACGCUCAAGAGGUAUGACGAAUUUUCGCAGUGUUAUGCCGAAAUGAUCAAAAAUAACCUUAAAAAUAGAAAACUGCUGCUGAGAAUAACGAACCUGAUGGAGGCUUUGGAUUACACACCACCAAAUUUAACAGAAACCAGCGAACUUAUUGAGGAACAUAGCACAGAUGGAUCUGAAGAACGAUUCGAAAAUUAAAAUGGCAUCUGAAUGAAGCAGACAAACGCAUGAACUUGUAAAAAAAGGAUACAAAGCAUAAUGGCACU